GCCUUCUCGGCAGGGGCGGCGAUCCACCAGGAAACAGAGACCUUGGAUUUGGCGGAAAGAUCUGACUUCACGGCGAAUUUCAUCGAUCGCACGUUCGGUCAUGUCUCUUCGAUGAGCCUGAGCAGUUUCGAGAUGCCGAACUCUCGCAGCAAGAUCAUCGAUGAAAGCAUCAGUCUUGGUUUUGUGAUCGUGAAGAGAUCGGCACAGUUCGAAUCGAAUAGCUUCGAUGCGGUUAUUCGCAUUUUGCUCAACAGUGCUGAUCCGAGCCUCCCAGUCGGGCAUACCAAGAUAUAUAUGCUGGAGGCUAUCGGGGAAUUGCUGAAGCUGACUAAUCAUUCGAUGGAGCUUGGCACUGAUCGAUUCAGCUCGAGUUUCAUUCAGAUGAUAAAUUUGCGCAUCGAACUCCAGCAAUCGAUCAUUAAGUUUACUCUUCAACACUUCGAAUCGCUCAUGAAGAGUCCCAUGAUCGUCGAUGCGACACUUUUGAGCGAGCUCAUAGUUUCGACCCAUGAUAAACCGCUCACGGAGACCAUCGAGUUUGUUGUCGAAGCCCUCUGCAAGAUCAGCGACUCCUUCUCUGAGGACGUCGAGGUCAGCAUGCGUGUUGAGCACGCCCUGCGUGACUGUCUGCAAAUCGCUGGCUCUCCGCUGGGCGGCAUCAGCACCGAUUGCGUCCCGCAUCGAGGGAUCGUCGCUUGCCAACCCACGGCUCACCGGUAA